GCAGGUGCCGGCCGGAGCGGAGCUAGCGGCGCUGACGAGACCGGCCGGGCCGGGACCAGGGGCCCGGGCAAGCGGAGGGGCCUGCGCGGCCGCCCGGCCCGGCCGCGGAUCAGGCUCCUGGGACCAUGGGCCUUGGGCCCUGAGGACGCGGGGCUCCCUGUGGCCAUGACGACGGGUGACUGCUGUCACCUCCCUGGCUCCCUGUGCGACUGCUCCGACAGCCCCGCCUUCUCCAAGGUCGUGGAGGCCACGGGCCUCGGGCCACCCCAGUAUGUGGCACAGGUGACUUCAAGGGACGGCCGGCUCCUCUCAACUGUCAUCCGGGCCUUGGACACACCGAGCGAUGGUCCAUUCUGCAGGAUCUGCCAUGAGGGAGCGAAUGGGGAGAGCUUGCUGUCUCCCUGUGGUUGCACUGGCACACUGGGCGCCGUGCACAAGAGCUGUCUGGAGAGAUGGCUUUCCUCAUCCAAUACCAGCUACUGCGAGCUGUGCCACACGGAGUUUGCAGUGGAGAAGAGGCCCCGGCCCCUCACAGAGUGGCUGAAGGACCCAGGGCCUCGGACAGAGAAGAGGACACUGUGCUGCGACAUGGUGUGCUUCCUGUUCAUCACGCCUCUGGCCGCGAUCUCAGGCUGGCUGUGCCUGCGUGGGGCCCAGGACCACCUCAGGCUCCACAGCCGGCUGGAGGCGGUGGGGCUCAUCGCCCUCACCAUCGCCCUCUUUACCAUCUAUGUCCUCUGGACUCUGGUCUCAUUCCGCUACCAUUGCCAGCUGUACUCCGAGUGGAGAAAGACCAACCAGAAAGUGCGCCUGAAGAUCCGGGCCACCGAUGGCCCCGAGGGCACCCGGCACUGCCCUCUAGCAGCUGGGCUCCCGAAGAAGGUGGCAGAGGAGACACCUGUGUGA